AUGGAAACCGCAAAACAAAGAGGUCAAUCAUUUGGACUUGUCGUUGGUUUUGUAUUUACCCCGGAGGUCAAUCAUAUAGGCCCCCUUCACCAUGGAAAAGAAGCCCUGAAAGCCAUGGAAGAGCUUAAAAAUAGGUACCUACAAGAUUUUUUACAUCGGACCAAUGUAAGUUUGGAAUAUUUUAUAAGGAAAAUAAGGGCCCAAGAAGCAAAACUGCGCAGUUGUUAUGCAGAGACCAUUGGGUUCAGUCGCGAUGAAUUUGUAAGAAUCAUUCUGGUGGAUGCGGCCUUCAUCAUCGAGGUCUUGUUGAGGUUCUGUUACAAGAAUUUGCAGGUUGAGAAUGAUCGUAUAUUUAACAAACCAAGGAUGUUGGAGGAUGUAUGGCCUGACAUGCGGAUGCUUGAAAAUCAGCUGCCUUUCUUCAUUCUUGAGGAUCUUUUCGAUCAUGAAAGAAAUAUAGUUGGCAUCCAGACGACAAUUAUUGAUCUUUCUUACCAUUUCUUCAAAACUCUAAUGCAUAUGAAGGACAUGGAAGACAUAGAAGACACUUUGACCCGGAUACGUCCUCCUCAUCAGGUAGAGCAUUUUGUUGAUUUUGUUAGAAAGUUAUAUCCAGUGCCUCCACAAUUGAAAUCGAAACUGCCACAAGUUCAAGGGCCAUUCCAAACCCUAACCACAGGCGUGAGGUCAUCAUGUGUAAUGGAUAUACCACAAGCUCUGCCUCCCCCUACUUCUUGA